AUGCCGAGCCUGCGCAACCACAGACAUCUUCGAGGUUUCAGUGUGGUCGUGCAGAGACUGAAACUCGAUGCUGUCAGGGCCGGUUGCAGUCAGUACUUACUGUCAGUGUGCUGUUGUUUCCAGUUCCGGUGGCGCUCCAGCCUUUCCGAAGAUAAGGGGAAUAAAGAAGCCACCUCCCCAGCUGUCAUCAUCUGGCAGCAGAUUGAGCAAGAAUAUUCUGAGUUCUGCAGAGAAGGUGAUGUAACUCACUCCGAGAGAAACUCUCUUGCUUAUAUAAAUGCUGGCUCAUCUUGGAAUCCAGUACAGCAUUCAAAGACUACUUCGGGGAAAAGGCAGAGUGGAUCGCAAGGACCCCACGUCUCCUCCCAGCUGAGGAGCAGCCUCCUUGGAAUCUCCCAGCCAGCAGCAGAGAAACUCAUGGAAACCGUUCCCACGGAAGGAAUACAGGAGCAGNCUGCGCUCAGCUCCAGGUAUCAGGCUGCCUCUGGAAGCAAGCUGUUCCUUGACUUCCACUCCAUGGAGAUCAUGAAGGGUGCUGAUGAGGACAGUGCCAGUGACCUGUCAGACUCAGAAAGAGUGGCCAUCCCCCCUUCUCCAUUCACGCCUCCAGAGCUCAACCUCAGAGCCGAAGAGAUAGACCCGGUUUCCUUCAGUCUUCACCCAGAGCUGAGCCAGGCAGAGUCCAGACAAACCUACCCUGACUUUCUUCCACCUCCUUUUAACUCCUGGGACCUCCGGGAUAUGGCUGUUGUUAUGAACACAGAGUGCAGGAGUGANGCCCUGCCUCGGGCCAUGGGAUUCCUUGGGAAGUACAUAGACAGACUUCUUCAACUAGAAUGGCUGCAAGUCCAGACUGUGCAGUGUGAGAAGAGGCUGUGUUCCCAGAAGCAAGCCCCGGAACUGAGAAUGGAGAAGAAGAAGAAAUCAAGUAAGGGCCCCAAGCUUCAGCUCCGUGUUCCACCCUNCGCCGAGGGCAACUCUGCAAUGGAAGCCAACGGUAACAUCCGAAUCCCCAGGCAGUCUGCAGUGCUUCUGGACCCAGUGGAUUCCCAUAGGGCCUCCAGGACCCAGGCACACGUGGACCUGAAGAAAAAGGGAAGUGCAAAUACCUGUGGCUAUGCCCCUUCAUCCAGUGAGAAAAAACUCAAAACAAAUGGAGCCAAGCAAAGCACAUAUAAGUUAAAGUGACCCCUGAGGUAAAGAAUUGUAAAGACCUGCAGAUGUCUAACAAUGGGGGCUGUCUCCAGUGUGGUGAUGAGCUUGAACUAACUCAAGCUGGCUCUCAGUUACUCCAGCUUGCCUCAAAAGUUAUUUUCNGAGGUCUCGGUAAGGCUUAGUAAGCUGUUCUUUGUAUAGACAGUCUUGCAGACAGACUUAUAAAGUCUUGUAGACAGACUUUGUAUAGACAGUCUUAAGCAUUCGAGGGCCCUAUAGGUAAAAAUUUACCCAUGUGUCCUUGACACAAGGGAUUCAAGCAGCAGUGCCAGGCAGCCAGCACAGACCAGCUCCAGUGUCUGUCCCUGUCUCUGAAGUGUGGGAGACAGUGUGAGCUGCUUUAAGGGAGAAACCCUAGUGUGUGGAGGAAGAGAGGCCCUGCUGGCUCACCGCCUUUUGCUUUUGCAUAAACCCCUCAAGCAGAGUUUCUGUCUGCUGUCUCUGCUGUCUUUCUCUCAUCUGCCUCCCCCCCACCCCCCCCAGCCUUGGUCCCAUUCCAGUUAGGGAGCUCAUGCAUUUCUAUUUUGAGGGUCAUUUAUCUGAAGCAGUUCCUUGCCAGAGGCAAAGGCAGCUGGAUCACCUAUCUGAUGCAUUUUAAAAGGCAUUUUAAAGUCCAGGGGUAGUGCUCUAGCCCAGUUCUGAGUUCUCUUAACUGAAGUCAACAUCAUUUGUGGAUCUUUCCAGAGAGAAAGAUGACCGGCCCAACCUUUGUUGCUGCUGUCUGAUGGGGG